AGGACCACCCCAGUCCAAAGUCUGAACUCCAGGCAUCAGGCUUUUCCGACACUAUUUGCUGCAGCGCACAAUCUGCCGGUUUUCAACCAUGGAGAAUAUCACAGACUACCUUUGUAAAUACAAAGACUAUGUGUUUGCCAUUGGAGUCACAACAGCAGAGUACAUAGACUCGCUACAAAACUUUGAGAUACGGGACAGUGAUGUGUUUGUUGUUACCUACCCCAAGUCAGGCACGGUAUGGACACAACAAAUCGUGACACUGAUCUGCGAGUCUGACUUCGAGGACUCUGGCCUUUACCCCAACAACUUGGAGAGAAUGCCAUGGCUGGAGUACCGUGAGGGCCGCCCAGACUACUCGCUGCGUGCCUCGCCACGGCUCUUUGCCUCUCACCUCACCCCAGUCCUCAUGCCCCCAGGCCUCAGGGACAGAAGGGCAAAGGUUAUCUAUGUAAUGAGGAACCCAAAGGACAAUGUGGUGUCAUAUUACCAUUUCUGCCUUGCAUGGGCCGCUUUGGAGACCCCAAAGAGCUUUGAUGAAUUUCUUCAGCAUUUUCUUUCAGGCCAAGUUGGGGCUGCGUCCUGGUUCGACCAUGUGCGUGCCUGGUACUCUCGGAGAGAGCAGUACAAUAUUUUGUUUCUGACGUAUGAAGACAUGAUCAUGGACCUCCACACAGCUGUGCGGAAAAUUUGCCAUUUCCUGGAGCGAGAUCUUGAUGAGGCAGCCAUCAACCGAAUAGUGGAAAAAGCCACCUUCAAGAACAUGAAAACAGACCCGAAAGCCAACUACGAGUUUUUGCCAGAGGACAUGCUCAACAGAGAAAAAAGUACCUUUCUGCGUAAAGGAACCAUUGGUGACUGGAAGAACACCUUCACAGUGGCCCAGAGUGAAAUGUUUGACUGUGUUUACCAGGAGAGAAUGGGAGACUUACCUUUGAAGUUCAUCUGGGAAAUGAAUGGACAACCUCUAUGACAUUGUAUUAUGAAGUUGCUCAUGACAUGGACAAAAUAAAACAUU